UUAACCCAUGAUGCAGUGCAGUGUUUUGUAGGUCCUCAGUUAUGUGGAUUUUUUUCCCCAAUCGAAGAUGGCGGUGCAGGAAUCAGCUGCUCAACUCUCCAUGGCAUUGAAGGUUCAAGAAUAUCCAACUUUAAAGGUACCAUAUGAAACAUUGAACAAGCGUUUCCGGGCAGCGCAGAAGAAUAUUGAUCGUGAGACGAGCCACGUCACCAUGGUUGUGGCAGAACUGGAGAAGACCUUGAGCAACUGUCCUGCGGUAGAUUCUGUGGUAUCUCUGCUGGACGGAGUUGUAGAGAAACUGAGUGCUCUGAAAAGAAAGGCCGCCGAGUCCAUCCAAGCUGAAGACGAGAGCGCAAAGCUGUGCAAGCGCAGGAUUGAGCACCUGAAGGAACACAGCAGCGACCAGCCGGCUGCAGUGAACAUCUGGAAGAAGAAGCGCAUGGAUCGCAUGAUGGUGGAGCACCUGCUGCGCUGUGGUUACUACAACACUGCUGUGAAGCUGGCCCGGCAGAGUGGCAUUGAGGAUCUAGUAAACAUUGAGAUGUUUCUCACAGCCAAGGAGGUAGAGGAAUCUCUGGAAAGACAGGAAACAGCCACCUGUUUGGCAUGGUGCCACGACAAUAAAUCAAGACUCCGAAAAAUGAAGUUUUCCUUCCAGAGCUGUCUGGAGUUCAGCCUCCGAAUUCAAGAGUUCAUCGAGCUUAUCCGCCAGAAUAAAAGGAUGGACGCAGUCAGGCAUGCAAGGAAACACUUCAGCCAGGCAGAGGGGGGCCAGCUGGAUGAGGUCCGACAGGUGAUGGGAAUGCUGGCAUUUCCCUCCGAUACACACAUUUCUCCAUACAAGGACCUCUUGGACCCGGCUCGCUGGAAGAUGCUUAUUCAACAGUUCAGAUAUGAUAACUACAGAUUACAUCAGCUUGGCAACAACUCUGUGUUCACCAUCACUCUUCAGGCAGGACUCUCUGCAAUCAAAACACCACAGUGCUAUAAGGAAGAUGGAACUUCAAAAAAUCCGGACUGCCCUGUCUGCAGCAAGUCUCUGAACAAGCUAGCCCAGCCGUUACCCAUGGCCCACUGUGCCAACUCCAGACUAGUGUGUAAAAUCUCGGGGGAAGUGAUGAAUGAAAACAAUCCCCCAAUGAUGCUUCCCAAUGGCUAUGUUUACGGAUAUAAUUCCCUCCUUUCCAUUCGUCAAGAUGACAAAGUGAUCUGCCCAAGAACCAAAGAAGUCUUCAGCUUCUCCCAGGCUGAGAAAGUCUACAUCAUGUAGACUUGCAGCGAAGCAGAACUGCAGGAUGUAUAGGGUGUGGAGACAACCCAGCCUGGUCUGAGAGCACGAUGGCAGUGAGCCCCAGUCUCUCCGGAGUCCAAGCUGCACACAGAUGCCAUUGUUUCUUAUGACCAAAGAGCAAAUAUCGCUUAAUCCCCCUGGAGUUUCUGUAAUGAGAAGAAUCCUGAAACAAAAAGAUUUGAAAGUGACAUUCAUGUUUUGAUUGUGGGGACUUAUACUGUUAAAAGACUUUUUUUUUUUCAGUGAACAUUAAGAAAUUAGUUUCAUUAGUGUUGUGAGUAGAGGCUCAUCUUAAUUCCAAGUGCUUCUGCCCUUUUUUAUUCAGAUGGUAAGUCCAUCAGCAGAUUAACCUUACUGGUGAUGAACUGCAGCACUGUUUUUUUAAAUACAGAUUAGGACAUCUAAAACUUUGAUUUGCAUUUAAAGGUGUUACUUUGGCUGGGACUAACUAAUGCUAUUCAAACUGCGCAUUCAUAGAUAAACCUCCCUUUAUGAUUUCAGAAAGCCUGCUGCUUCUGAUCUGUUAAGUCAGUUUAGUAUUGGAAUUGUAGAAGACAGUUUUAGAAAAUACUUAUGCAUGUUUAUAUUGGUAGAUUAUAGGAAAGAUUGUUCAUGUAAAAUUGCUAAUCAAGGUUGUUUAAUAAAAAGAAAUUGCUGUUUUCCUUUUUCA